UGGCCUAGGAACCAUACUCCCAUCUGUUAUGGCAGCUGCAGCAAGCCUCACCCAAGGAGAGUCUGGCUGGAGGCCAAACAACACAAAACCAGCACACUUAACAAAAAUAUAACCAAUGACCCUCACAGAGUCCACUUAACUCCCCUCCACCAGAGCAGGUGCUGGUAUCCACAGCUGAGAGACCUGAAGAUGGAUCACAUCACAGGACUCCUUGCAGACAUUCUCCAGCACCAGCCCAGAGCCUGACCUGUCCAUGCUGAGUUUAUAGCAACUGUCAAUUACGGUUCAGAUUUUCCUACCCCAGCGUGACUUUCCCAAGAGGCUUCUGCUCAUGGAGUUCUGCUCCAGGAAGAUGCAACAGGAAGGUCCUCACAAGAUGGCUGAGCAGAUGCAGGUGCUGUGCCUCUGGACUGCCUAGCCUCCAGAACCAUGCAAUACCAAGUAAAGACUGCAAAUGACUGUGCCACAGGGAGGAAAAGCAGUCAACCUGUCUUUAGGGACCUGUUCAAAUUUCUGGUGUCUCAGUGGAUGUUGGUUUCUGACAUAAAGCCAUUUGUGCACAUGAGGAAGAUAUUGUAGGAGGCGUUUGAAUAAGACACAGUUCCUCUUCUGGUGGGCCACAUAAAGGAAGUUGUCAUGUUCCAACUUAAUGUGUGGGUUGAGAGGGAUCUGCACAAACGAGCGUCAUCGGGGAGAAAAAUAUAUCCCAGUCUGCGUGGUCACGGGGAGCUUCCUUGGCAAGCAACAUCUAGACUGGUGUUUGACCAAACUACUGGGCACCGUACCCCAGCCAAGUCAGCAUAUAAUGUUAACCAUCACAGUGGGAGACAUGUCAAAAAGUGGUAAGACAGCAAGAAUUGGUGGUCUGGGCUGGAUUCCAGAGAACCCGGACUGUGCUUAUGAAGCACCACUGCCCUGUAGACCUGGGAUAAUAAACACUGAUGCCUAAAGGGACCAGGCAGAUAGUUUUGAAUUGCUCAACCAUUGCAUAUUGGAGAACUACUCAGGAGUCAUAUGUUGCUGGUUGUACCAUAACAUCAUAACUGAUACAAUUUCUUCUUGGGAUUUUCACAAAUGGCAUCAUUGUGGUGGUGAAUGGCAUUGACUUGAUCAAGCACAGAAAAAUGGCUCCGCUGGAUCUCCUUCUUUCUUGUCUGGCAGUUUCUAGAAUUUUUCUGCAGUUGUUCAUCUUCUACGUUAAUGUGAUUGUUAUCUUCUUCAUAGAAUUCAUCAUGUGUUCUGCGAAUUGUGCAAUUCUCUUAUUUAUAAAUGAAUUGGAACUUUGGCUUGCCACAUGGCUCGGCGUUUUCUAUUGUGCCAAGGUUGCCAGCGUCCGUCACCCACUCUUCAUCUGGUUGAAGAUGAGGAUAUCCAAGCUGGUCCCUUGGAUGAUCCUGGGGUCUUUGCUAUAUGUAUCUAUGAUUUGUGUUUUCCAUAGCAAAUAUGCAGGGUUUAUGGUCCCAUACUUCUUAAGGAACUUUUUCUCCCAAAAUACCACAAUUCAAAAAGAAGAUACACUGGCUAUACAGAUUUUCUCUUUUGUUGCUGAGUUCUCAGUGCCAUUGCUUAUCUUCCUUGUUGCUGUUUUGCUCUUGAUUUUCUCUUUGGGGAGGCACACCCGGCAAAUGAGAAACACAGUGGCCGGCAGCAGGGUUCCUGGCAGAGGUGCACCCAUCAGCGCGUUGCUGUCUAUCCUGUCCUUCCUGAUCCUCUACUUCUCCCACUGCAUGAUAAAAGUUUUUCUCUCUUCUCUAAAGUUUCACAUCAGAAGGUUCAUCUUUCUGUUCUUCAUCCUUGUGAUUGGUAUAUACCCUUCUGGACACUCUCUCAUCUUAAUUUUAGGAAAUCCUAAAUUGAAACAAAAUGCAAAAAAGUUCCUCCGCCACAGUAAGUGCUGUCAGUGAGAGAGAAGUUGGAUCAGUUCAAAGAACCCAUGAUUCAAUGAUUUACCCAUGCCUGCCACACUUCCCUCAGCCAGACAAAGCAGCCUGUUCAUAAAUAUACAACAUGUCCCCUUCAGGCCUGUUUAUCCAGCCUGAGGUAUUUCUGUGGAUAUGCUACUUUUUCAAGCAGUUAAACUGAUUUUGAAAGCACAACAUAUGUUGAUGGAUUACAUCAAUUUCAAUAUCCUGGUAGUGAUAUUGUACUAUCAUCUUGCAAGUUGUUACCAUUGGGAAAAUGAGUAAAUUGCUCAGGGUCUUUCUGUAUUCCUUCUUAGAAAUGCAUUCAAAUCUACAAUUAUUUCAAAAUUAAAAGUUUGAUGAAAAAGAAAAGCACUUGUUUGAACUCGUGAUGUCAGAAGGACACAUGAAUGCUGUAUGGUCCAUGAAUAUCUGACGCCUCGUCUUCAAUGGUUUAUCCUGACCUUAACGGGCUGACGGUUCAUUUCUUGUCUACCUGGAUAUUAUUUCUAUUCUGUCUGUUGUAGUUGCAGGCAGUGGAGCCAUUCUUUCUCCUCAGAUCACAAAGGAAGCAAGGACAAGCAGGCCUUCUCCAUCCUUAUAAGCAUAUUCUCCUACUUCAUCCUGCAGAGAGCCUAGAUGCCAUGGUGACAUGGCCAAUCAACUGAUAAAGGGGAAGACACAUGGAGGAGGAGGAGGAGUCGAGGACUGAAUGCCUGUUUUCCAUUUCUCUAAGCUGUGCACUCUGAACAGACAAUAACUUGCAAAGAUGUUUUAUUUUGUAUUUGUGUGCCUGACUUUGAGACCCAUUCAACCCAGAGUGGUAAUUUGGAACUCCUCUUGCAUUGCCUGUCUUCCCAAUGAAGCAACAUCAGUAGGUGGGUGGAGCUGGGGGUGUCUCCGUCUGCUUCAAGUCACAAAUGCAUUUUCUGUUUGGUUGAGAUUUUGAAUACUAAGAGAUAUAUAGAUAGAUAGAUAGAUAGAUAGAUAGAUAGAUAGAUAGAUAGAUAGAUAGAUAGAUUAUGGAGAUAGAUAUACUUGUAUAUUUCCAAAACAGCUUCAGAACCAUUUUGCUUCCAGACAAGUAAAUGAAGUAAAAAAUGUUCUUAAGCUCAGCUGUAACUUGUAGUUCAGGCGCGAUGAUGCAAAGUAGGUUUAGGUUUAGAUUUGUCAAUCACCAGUAAUAGGAACCCAAAUACAGCUUUUCUAACCCAAGCCACACAGGCCUGGUUAUAAUACACCAAUGAAGGAUUUUGCUUCAGAAGAUUCAGGGACGUACUUAUCUUCUUGGGCAUGGGAACUAAGCUCUGAGUGUACUCUCAACUUCCCACAGGUUUCACACUUCAUUCCCCAAGGAGCAAAAUGACAGCCUCCAUCUUCCUGCUAUUUCAUUUUCCCACGUCCCACUAGGUAGGAAGUUUUGUAGCUAAUCACGCACUCAGGAAGCCAGCUGUGGGAAGAUCAGUUGUAUCCUGGAUGUAAUUAUUGCUUCUGAUUGGGGGAAAGGACAAUGAAAAGUCACUUUUCUUUUUCUCAAGUUCAGAGAAUAUUCUGUUCCUUGAAUCUGUGAUACGUGUACCUGAAAGAGUGGGAGCAAUUUCAAACAUUCAGGGAGGAAUUUGUCAUGAUACAACUCUCAUGUGUUUUUUUUUUCUGAUACUAAAUUCUGAUUCUAUUUCAUGCAACUCCUGCUUUAAUAAUGUUAGCUAAUUAGAUAACUAUUAAGAUAUGACUAGGUUUUUAUACUGUUAUCAAGAAAUGUUUAAAAAAAGAAUUCAUAAUAAAACAAUUCUAAAAACAU